UGGGCAGGGAGAGGAAGAGGAGGAUGAGUGCUGGAGUGCUCCCCUCAAGGAGGCAGAGAGCACCCAGCGGCACCCCAGCAGGGAUGAGCCAGACCCCAACAGCAGCCCAGCAGCCCAUUCCCAUCUCCUCCAGGCCCCGGACAUCCUUCCUCAUCCAAGACAUCCUCCGGGAUGGGGCAGAGCGGGGAGCGCGGCCGGAACGGGGCAAGAGCAGAGGAUUUGGCAGCCCAGAGGACGGGGAGCCAGGGGCGGCCACGGCGGAGGGGAGCGAGGGCAGCUCAGCCCCGGGGGCUGCCCCAGGGCUCCCCCCCAAGAGCCCUCAUCCCCCAGGAGCACCCCAAGGCCGAGGGACACCCCACGGGGCGGAUGCAGAUGCCACGGCAGAGACGGACCUGUCAGAGUGUGACCCCCCCCUGCGACGCCUGCCCAUCGCCCCGUGCCCCCCCAAGCAGGCGAAGCGCUCGCGGGCAGCCUUCUCCCACACCCAGGUCAUCGAACUGGAGCGGAAAUUCAGCCACCAAAAAUACCUGUCGGCCCCCGAGCGAGCCCACCUGGCCAAAAACCUGCAGCUCACCGAGACCCAGGUGAAAAUCUGGUUCCAGAACAGGAGAUAUAAAACCAAGAGGAAACAGGUCGCCUCCGAAAUCAGCAGACUGGACACGCGUCUGGCCGGGCAGAAAGCGGCCGAGCUCCCCGGAGCAUCGCUGCUCGCGCUGCGGGGCGGCUGGCAGUACCUGCCUUGCCUCUACUACUUGAACGGCUGGAGUCCCUCAUGGUGGUAACCUCUUUUUUUAAGUGGAAAGCAUCCUUUUCUCUUAAAAUAGUUUGGGGUUGGUUUGGGUUUGGGUUUGUUUUUUUUUUUUUUUUUUAAUAUUGCAUCGCUCUUUCUAAGUGCUAACUCGGGGACGGAGACCCCAUUCGUGGUAAUGAUCAGCAUCUCUUAGAUGCUGCACAAGCUUCUUGUCACUAACACUGAAAAAAAAAAAAAACAAACCGCAAACAAAACAAAACAAAACAAAACAAAACAAAACAAAAACAACAAAAAAAACCAAACAAACAAACAAAAAAAAAAAACCAACCAACCCAAAAAAACCACACACCCCCCCCAAGAUUUUAAAAGCCUGUAAUUCAGCAUGCUUGAUAGCACUGCUCUGGGUUCAAUCUGCAGCCGUAUACUGCAGGCUCUUUCAGGGACAGAAAGGGAUGGUUCAGCCCCAGAGACAGCGACUGCCCCUCUCUGCCCCUGCUAAAUCACCCGUGCCCCCCUAAAGCCUUUGUUUCUUGCUGAGAUCAAGCGGGCAAAAUGCAAACUGCUGCUCCUGGGCUGGCACCAAUAUGGCCCCAGCUCGGCCACUUGGGCCACCAGUUGUUGUAUGAUCUAAAACUUAGGCUACUAAAAAAAAAAAAAAAAAAAAAAAAAAAAAGCAAAAUAAUUUGCAUUUCUGCCAUUGAUAUCAUAAUUGCUAAAGGCCCCAGAGGGGCCUCAGAGCCCCCCAAAGAUUUCUGCGUGCUGUCGGGCAGCACCGCAGCCUCCACCUGGGGCAACUCAUGUGGCUUUUGGGGAGAAUUACACCGCUUUCUGCCACGAGCAACAACAACCCGAAGUGCCUGCCAGCCGCGGAGCUGCAGCUGGGGACCAGGUUUGCUGGGGAUGGAGCCGUGCCAGCCUCCCCCCACCCCCCAAACCCUCCCUCUGCCCUUCGACGGCCGAGAUGCCAACAACAGCCAAACCAGAAAGCCUCGGGAACACGGACAAUAGCACAAUGACAGAUGAGUUUUGCAUAUCCGGGUGUUGACGCUGUUUGAACGUUCCCAUAUAAGCUAUUUGAAAAAGCAGCAGCUCAAAGAGUUGAACGCUCCCGUCAGCUUUCAAAGCAGCAAACACCCUGUUUGCAAGUGGUGAAAUCAGCCCAAUGCCCAGUGCCGAGGCAUCGGGGCAGCAAGAGGAUGAGAUCUUUACAAGUAAUUUUUUUAGUGAGACAACAACCAUUUGCACUAGCAGAGUAGCAAAGAUUUUUAUUUUUUUUUAACUAAUCAUACUUAAAACUUUAGAUGCCACUAAAUCUAUGAGAGAAAGUGUAGAAAUAAAUGAGAUUUCCAAGAGAGGAAACACAUCAGCUGCUUUUUCUCUGCUAGUGUAAAGCAGCAGAGCUGUGCUAGAACAAAUUUACUCUUCUGAAACAAAAAUACAUAGAGGUUCCUUCCCUGUGAACCUCCAGAAACGUUCCUGUGGUACCUGCUCUUUCUGAAAGAGAAUUAAAAAUCACAGUGGUCCAAUUCCCUCCUGCAGCAGGGAAACGCAGACAAUUAAAUCAUGUUAAGAAACUGCUUAGAUCCGUCCCUUUUAACAACAUUAUUUGGAAACUGAUCUUUUGCCUUGCCAGUAGAUCCAGAUCUUGCAAGCUCACAGACAUGGCAAAGACAAAGCUGCUGGGGGUACAUGGAUGAGGAAAAACUCAGGAGAAGGGAGGACAGGGAAGGGAGAACAUGCAAACUGAAACCCUUUGCGGUAGAUACUCGUUUUCUCUUGCUAUCAAAGCUGCUUGCUCAGUUUGGAGGACAACCAGUUGCUUUCUAAUUGUCUGAAAGUAACAGCUAAUAUCUUGAGGUAACAUUUUUCUUCCAGCUCCUGCUCUCAGAUGCUGCGGAUCCCGCAGCCCCUUGGCCAGAAGGCCAUCUCCCCUGCGCUGUUGCAAUAUGUUUCAAACCCAGUCCUGCUGCUUAUCCACUUGGCUUAUCUGCUGCUUGGAACAACAGAAAAAAGAAAAAAAAAAAAAAAAAGCCCUUAUGGCCUCGAAGCCAAGCCCCCACAGGGCACGCAUCCCUCCUGGUGGCAGCUCCAGCGGGAGAAAGUCCUGCCAAAAUCCCAUGGGCUCACCCGGCCCCUUGGGAUGCUGCUUAAAUCGAUGCAGAGACACUAUAUUUGCACUAAAUUCACUGGAGUAGUGGCUCUGACCAUCCCGGACCUGCCCCUGGAUAUGGAUCACACUGUGUCCUCUGCACAGACAGCGGAAAAGCAGCAGGGACGGGCACAUUAUGCUGGGAAGGACUGAACCGGGCUGGGAAAAUUAGAUAUAAGCUGAAAAUUAGAUAUAAACGAACGUCUUGGAUGCUUCUUUGGGAAAAUGUUUGUGUCAUAACUACUUUCUUUUUUUUUUUUUUUUGUUUUACAACCAGUAAAAUAUCCUUUUUGUUGCUUCAACACCCAACUGCUCAUACUUAACGUUGCUGGUAUCAAAGCCAGUCCAGGGCAAAUAGUUGCUAUUUUUGUACAUAUUUUUUGAUACUGUUUUACCUGAUGUGCAUUGUGCUUUGGAAUAAAGAGCGCAGAGUCUUUAUUAAAAA